AUGGCUAACAACCAUAAUGCCUUAGCUUAUGCUAUUCGACUAAUGACAAAGAAAUUGACCCAAGUAAGAGCUGAGCAUCCCGAUCCUGUUGGGGACAUGUUUGAAAGAUUAGCUAAUAUUAAGCCGCCAUACUUUAAGGGGAAAACUGAUCCUACCCUCUUAGAGAGUUGGAUAAGGGAGUUUGAAAAUAUUUUCGGGACUGUGAAUUGUUCUGAGGGUAUGAAAGUAGGUCAAGUUGUACUGUAUCUAAAAGAUGAGGCUGACUUAUGGUGGAAAGAGAAUGGGAAAGCUCGGGAGUUCAUAAACCUUAGGAUGAGGAGCAUGACCAUCUCUGAGUAUUAUAGCAAGUUCAUAACAUUGUCUGGGUUUGCACCUGAGGUAGUAGCCACUGAAGAGCUACAGGCUCAAAGAUUUGAGCAAGACAUCCAUAUUUAUGAUCUUCAAUCGAGACGUGACAAGAAGAACAGGAAUGGGAAUGAAAAUUUCCAAGGGAGAAAUGUUCAGGACUAUAACAAUAAGGGCCAGUUCGAAAGGACUUACAACCAUAAGAAGUGCAACAAGAUCCACCCUGAUAGAGACUGUAAGAGGGACCUAGUAACAUGUAAUUACUGCCAAAGGAAGGGGCAUAGGGGGUAUGAGUGCUUCACCAAGCAGAGGAAAGAGUUGAAUGGUAAUGGGAGUGGUAAUCAGGGAAAUUAUGGGUUCAACCAAUUGGGAAAUCAAGGUUCAAAACCUAUAGGGUCACAGAACAACCAAGGAAGCUAUAGUAAGCCAACUAGUGAGAGCAACAACAACCAGAAUAAGACUCCAAGUAAAGUGUUUGUGAUGAGUCACAAUGAAGCUGAACGAUUUGCCAACGUAGUUUCUGGUACUUUCUCUAUUAACUCUGUCAUCGUUAAAGCGUUAUUUGAUUCUAGGGCGUCUUAUUCGUUUAUUUCGUCAUCUGUUAUUAAAAGUCCGGGAUUGGCAGAUUCUGAAGAAUUAGCCUACCUAUUAGUAUAUUUACUGGAGAAGUCAUAA